AGUCACUACCAGCGAGGCCGGUGUCACGAAGAUCUGCUACGUCCUUGAAGCUACUUGCGAGGUCAUCGGUCGCGUUAACCCUUCGCUGCCUAAACCUGCUGCCGCGUUGGGCGCCGCAGCCGCCUCGCGCGAUGCUGACUCAUAUCUGCCUGUCCGCGCGGACUGGUCUGCCUACAUCGCUCUGCGAGAGAUGUCUGGUGCGGAUUCCUUGCUUCAGCAUGUCUUUUGGGAGCACAGGGGCGAGUAUGAGCGCGGGAUCAGCAGGUUGUGGCUGAAGAGGAUAGAGGCAGAGGGUGUACAGGGUCGCAUCAAGCUUGAGAUUGCGAAGCGGUACGUGUAUGCGUGCGUGUACUCGAAUAGUGUCAGCGGUCGGUAUAUGCGGUUGACCGAAAUGGCGCAGGAAUUCCACGGGACUGAGGCCAAAGGCAUAGCAAGCGGAGAGCACUUCAUGCAGAAGCAGACCGUCAAGUUGAAUAUGUUUUUGCCAGGUCACCACCACGUCGAGAGUGUGCACCUUGCAACAUCGAAGGGUACUGCACUUCAUGCGGCUGUUGCCGUCGUGCAGACGCCUGGACGGGAGUACUACAUCCUGAGAGACAACGGGAUGCAGAUCGGCUGCGAAGAGGAUGGGGUAGCGAAGGUGUUUAGGGAAAUGCUGGGAUGUGAUCGGCAUGGGGCUGCGCUAUAGAGCUUUCUUGUCGUCUUGAGUCUAUGCUGUAAGACCCGAUGUCUUGCAAA